AUGAGAGCAAUUGCUACUGGACAUUCUGAACUUCUCCCAUGGAUAGUUCGAGACAUCGAAUUCGACAAGAUAUCAAAAGAAGACAUGAAAUAUUCCGAGAUGGGCCAGUAUUGGAUGAAACAUCCGAAGUACAAAGAGCUCGACAGGUGCCUAGGAGACACGAGACCUGAUACUUACAGUUCAACAUCGAAAAAUGACGACUUGAAAUCAAGUUUAUGCGGCUUUCUGGAGGAGAAUUCCGAUCUCGAAACUCGAGUAAGAAGUGAAAUCGAAGUUCUUGGACAACUAAAACGAAAGCGAUACCUACGAAAACCAUUUUGGAUACUUCUUAGACAAUACAAAGAUGAGAAAAUGCCCGAAUGCAGCCUAUCGACGCUGCGGAGAAUCUAUCAGGAGCAUUUCUCCUGCUGGCUUUCUCUCCCCGAUGAUGAAUCCAUUCUCAGAUGCGUCUGCCCCAGUCACCUACAAGUGGAACUCUUCUGCAAGGCCAUCAAUCGAGUUUCUUUGCGACCUGCCAUAUCUGAAGAGCAAUUAUUGGACACAACAGUAUGCGAAAACUCUGGUCAUGCCUAUAAAUGCCUCGAAAACCACUGCACCGACUGCGACGACAGUGAAGAUGGAUAUGCCCUUGCCCGAGCUCGCCUAGAGUUGCUCAUUGAGGAAGUACCAGAUGAUGCGGACAUAACGUAUGCCUAUCUAUGUGAGAUUGAAAGAGUCGACAGCAACAACAACAAGUACAAACGCGAGCAGAUUCUCAUGCAAAGUGCACCGAAGUCAGAGUUCCUGGAUCUGUUGACUGACUAUCUUCUGAGGGGAUGCAUGUCUUCUGGUGCGCAAAAGAAACUCUUGAACCACUAUAAACUGAAUAGUGAGUGUUACAACUUUAGCAAGAGUCUUCUCGACACCUGCACCUACGACAGUGACGCCCUUGUGAUCAUCACUGACUACGCCAUGGGUGUCAGUGCCAGAGAAAUCCAGGAGACGCAAACCAUGCACUUCCGGAAGGAUGUGUUCCCGCUCCUCUCCGAUAUCAGCUAUGGAAAGUGUCCAGAUGGAAAGCCUCGGAAGAUCUACACACACCUCCUUGCAGAAGUCAGAACUCCGAAGGAUCCACUGUUCUCUCUUGCCGGAAUCAAGAUGUCAUUGGAGCGAGCGUACCAGUUGUAUGGCCCGAAAAAGAACCUUUAUGUGCAGAGUGAUGGAGCAGAAUCGCAAUUCUGGAGUGCGGAGAUGUUCUAUACCCUUCCCCGGUUCUUUAACAGCCUCGAUGAUCGAUUCGACUUUGAGACAAUCGUCUGGUUCAAGACUGUGUCCGGACAUGGGAAAGGUGAAAUAGAUUCGAGUCAUGGAUGUGUGAAAAGAGAUCUCACCAACCUAUACAACAAUCUUGGCCGCAAUGACUUGAAUGGAGAUGGUCUCGACGUCAUUGGUUUGGUUGACAGCGCCGAUGGACUCGUCAACUACUUAAACAACGACAUGAAAUGCCAUUUCGGAGAGCUCGAGAGUGAAAAAAUGGACAGCCGAGGGUUUUAUCUCAGUGGAAGAUACAUUUCGGAGUUUAAGCGCGAUCCCGGACUGCGAACAAGCGAUACCUUUUGUGAACGUGUUCUCGACCGAAAAGAAGAAAAAAACAAUACCUGCCCAGAAGAAAACUGCCACAUGCCUUCAUCCCUCCACUGGAUUAAUAUUUACCUUAAAUUAUGA